GCUUUCUCAGUUCCACUUUCUUCAGCAGAAGCACUUCUAGAGGAAACCUGUAGGCAAAAUGUUAGCACACAAACGAUGGGUUCUAGUCCUGGUGCUGGAAUUUAUAAGGAUAUUCUAUUGCACUGAAGCCAGCAAUUGCAGUGUGACAGCAACGCAACCUCCGUUCAUGGAAGCUGAGACCUCACUGAACAGUGUUACUAUACCAUGCAAUUAUUCUUCUGAGCGAUGUGGCCGGUUCGCUCCAAAGAUACUAUGGUUGCGAUUUCUUGCACAUACCCAUGAAGUUCUGUGCGAUCCUACCUGUACAAACACGACCAAGUUCAAAGUACAUCCCAAGACAUCCAAACAUGAGAAUUUGCUUGAGAUCAACCAUCUCAGUGUGGGAGACAGUGCAAUUUAUGUCUGUGGAAUAGCAUCUACUCAUUCGAAGGCAAUCACCUCCAAGCAAACUGGGAACGGAACUGUAUUGGUCGUAAGAGAUCGAGGAAUUACCAUCCCGCUGGUCAUCAUAUCACUGCUGAUCUUAUACCUCAUUGCCCUAUUGGCAAUUUUUAUGUUCCUCUCCAAGCCAAAACUCAAGCCAACAGAGAGUGGGGGCAUGAAAGGAAAGCACAACGCUGGUGUGAAAGAAAGCAGGGAAGCAGUUUGCCGAGCAGUUGCAAAGGAGUUCCUCAAAAAGAAGAGAAAGCAAAGGCUUGCAUUUGGCAACCAUCAGAAAACAGAUAAACCAUCAUAAAUCAUCCACUUUAUUUCAGCAAUUUUGCAUAACUGAAAAUGUGGCUCAGAUGCUGAAUGAAUGGAAGAAGGUUAACAUGUUUUUACAACAUGCCUGUACAAAACUAUAUUUAAAAAGCAAACGAUUUUGCAUAGAAUUUGUUCUCCUACCUAGAUUUAAUAAUACAGUCUUUACAGGAUGGCCAGGAAUUGCCUCAGCUCUGCACAUGGGUGAGCCACAGGGAUCUGAAGGCAAAUUCAUUUCCCUGAGAUCAGCCUUUCCCAGCCGGAUGACUUCCAAACGCCUUAGACUACAGCUACCAGUGCUCCCAGACAACAUGGCCUUAGUUAAGAAGCACGCUGAUCUAGAAAUUCCUAAGACAAUAUAUGAAAGAGGAAAAUGAGGUGUAAAUAUAGGAUUUUUCCACAGCAGAACAGUAAACUUCUAUGUGAACACCUUGUACAUUGGUUGCCAAGUAUUUCACAGGGAUUCUUUAGGCAAUAACACGGAAAUCCGUUUUGCACUUUACAUUUUGACCUACAUGCUCAAACAGAAUUUAUUUUGCCAUGUUCACACAGGCCUCCCACGGCAGGCUCAGGUGAAUGCCCAGCACUGGCUGCAAAGCCCCACUGAGCGUACGCUUGGUAGCGAUCCUGUGUUUAUCACCCCUCUUUCUAUUUCACAUUCAGGCCAGGUGAUCGUGCGGUCACUUCUGCAGAAAACUCUGCAUCAUCCCCUUGGCAGGCUCGCAGAAUCCCCCAAUGUUUGCAGAAAUUAAAACGAGUACAUAAAUUCAGGGGAAAAUGGGGAGGGGGGAAUCCCUAAAAUAGCUCAGUGAGGAUUGAGUACACUCCAUGGCUACCAAAAAGUGCAUUAUGGGAGGAGCAGAGGUAGAAAACUAAGGAGGGGGAAUGGAAUGAAGUAGCUACAAUCCUGAAUAGCAGCAACAGUUUGUUGUAAGUCUGCACAGCAUCUGUAAACGUCCUUCAUAUUUUUUCUAGUGGCAGCUUAAGGGUGCCUUCAGGAAUUCUCUCCUUUCCCAUUUUGUUUACUUUUAUCUUCCCUUCAUACAUCAGUUUUACUGUUGCUUUCUGCUUACCUUUAGAACAUCUGUGUUCUUUAAAAGAACAGUCUGUCUGGUAUUGGGGAAGGCUACAUUUCUAACAUCUCAAUCUCUAUAAGGGGAUUGUCUUAGCAGGAAAUUGCAUUAACUUCCAUUGUGUGGUUACCAAACAGAAUCCUGGACUUAAACAAGUGACAGGAGGGAAAGAGGGCAAAAAGCAAGCAUAUCCUGGAGAUCCUAAUAAAUUAUAAGCACGUAAAAAGAAAUGGAAGUUGCAUCGCUUCAAGGUAAGGUGCAGAAAGGGCAAGAAUCUCCAGGUUCUUGCACUUUAGAUCUGCUAAAGAAGCAUCGCUAAAGAUGUCUGUGCUUACUGGUGAUAUACAAAUAGGACCAAAUGACACCUUUUGGUAAGGUGAUAUUUUACAGACUAUUAGGAAAAGACAAAUUUCAGGGUUUUUCCCCUUUGUAUACAUGCAGUUCAAAUAAGAGCAAUGGAUUUGACUGGAUCUCAAUCAACUCAUUCCAUGGACUGCAGAGCAGACAGGGGAAGUGUGUGUGUGUGUGUGUGUGUGUGUGCACGCGCGCAUACACACACAUCUACCUCAUGAGUGAUAUUUUAUAAGCUUGAAUACUGUUUGCAAUAAAGUAAGACCAAGAUAGUGUGAGUGGUGAAGCUGGUCUGAGAACUGAGGGCAAUGCAGAAACAGAACUACUAGACAAGAGAAACCAGAUUCCAAAGCCAGAUCAAUUUCCCUCUCUAUCUAAGUUUCCUGUUUCACCUGCUGAGUUUCCUAAUUCCUGAGAAUGACAAAUAGGUUGCAAACUGUAUCCACUCCUUUGGUUAAAUCGAUUUUAUUUGCUUUUGAAUUAUUCUUUUCUCUGUACAAUAGAUGUUAUCAAUCUGUAUUGUCUCUGUGAGUGAGGGUGUUUUGAUAACAACUA